AUAAUUUGCAAAUUCAACUCGGUUCACUUUGAGUUUGUUUUCAGGCUGGGGAGAUUGUUUUGGGGCGGUGAGGGGUGCGCUUGAGGUUGCCUUCUUCGGCGUUGUUUUGGGGGGAUUUUGCUUAAGUUUAGGGUUAUUGGGAUGGGAGGAUUUCAGAUGGGGAUGGUGAAACUAAAAACGUGCAUUUUGGAUUAAGGGGUAGCCACAGUAAAACUGUAGCCCCAUGUUCACAGCAUUUUGGGAAAUUCACACGGGCACCCGGUACCCAUCCAUAGACCCUACUCACUGUCAGUUGAUUGAUUCAUCAACAAAGAUCUGGUUUUUGCCCGACAUGCAAGAAUGGAUGGAGAUCUUGUGAAACAUCUUGGAGGAUGUCACUGUGGUAAAGUCAGGUUUGAGGUCCAGGCUCCGACGAAACUGACGGUUUUCAAUUGCAAUUGCAGUAUUUGUGUAAUGAAGGGGAUCAGACCAUUUACAGUUCCUAGCUCUAACUUCAAACUUUUGCAGGGAGAGGACAACCUAACUUGCUACACAUACAACACUAAACAAGCACAACACUUCUUCUGUAAAACCUGUGGGGUUGAGAGCUUCUACACACCGAGGUUGCUUCCAAAUGACAAAGGUGUUUUGAUCAACUGUCUAGACAAGGGUACACUAGAGACUACCGACAUCACCGUGAUCGACUUUGAUGGGCAAAACUGGAAUGAGGCUGUAGAGAAAUAUAACACAAACAUCAAGGAGGUGUCUGAAGACAGUGACUCCAAAUCUGACAAAUAAUUGCUCCAUCAGUGUGGCCUUUCUGGGAAUUGAGAGGCUGAAUUUGGGUAUUCUGACAUGCUUUUGGAAGGAAGGGAAAUGAAAUUGCCCUCCCCCCUUAAAAAUGCCUUUCAUUAUGUUUCACAAAGAAAUCAAAUUUUUGCCCCUUUGUCUGGCCCCCCCCCCAUCUGCCAGUUCCUGUAUAUAUUGCAUUUUUAUUUUUAUCUUCAAAGGCAUUAUAAAUAUAACCAUUUAGCCACUGAGACAUCCCAAUAAGAUUGAGGAUGUUAGAAAUCAGCCUUUCAGUUGAUUUCAGCUUUUUAAAGAUAUUUACUCUGAAAUUCAGCAUUUUGGUUAACCUGCUCUGUAGAAAAUUAUGGGAACAUUUAAAUGUCAGCAUUGUUCCGACUGUUUUCACUUGUACAUGGCCAUAUUCACAACCCUACAAGAUGCAAUGUACCCUAUACACCUAGUGUUAAGUGCAAAGGUAUGCACUAUGCAGUGAUCCAUGUGAAGUGAAUUGAAAGUGACAGGGAUUAUAGACUGGAAGGUUUUGAACAAUGACAGUACGCACAGAAAGAAUCAAUGCCCACUACUUAAAACUGCGUAGGGUCUGGGUGCUGGCAAUAAAUGCAAGUAUUGUGUUGCAUAGAUCUAUAGUCAAAUCAGUAAUGCUGCAGAUUUAGUUAUUAAGCUUCUGUGAUUUACCUUUCAUCAUUUGUUUUUGAGAGAUAUAUUCUAGGACUACACAGCAUUGGGAAAUUACAAUUACCAAAAUGAAGAAACAGUCGGCUGAAUUAAUAAACAGAAACAAUAUUUUCCACAUGUGGAAUUGUAAAUCAAAUAAACCACUUAUUAUAAUUCCCAUUGGU